CCUAAUUUGAAAGCCAAAACUGUGAAUACAAAAAAUGUGUCAAGUUAAAUUCCAUUGAUAGCCAAACAAUCCGCAAACUAAGGCAUUAUUCACCAAACACACACAAUGGUUAUUAUCUUGUUUCAAAAGCCUCCCAUUCUUUCAUUUUCUUCUCUUCUAGUUCCUUCCACCAACCCUGCAAACAAAUUCAGAAACAAAAAUGGAUCCAAGGUGCUAUACUCAAACGCCUCUCAUCAUCUUAUUCUUCUUCAUUUUCGGCUUUAACUCCGCGCACGCUGUAUGCAAGCCCCGGGAUUUGAAACUGAGGUACCUAACUAUUCCCUCUCCAUCACCAAGUUCUCCUAACUCGCAGGCUUCCGUGCCUCCUAGUAAGCCACAUCCGGGUCAAGUCUUCCCUUCGUCGCGGCCAGCAGGCCCUCCACCAACCCGUAGUCCUACUCCGGCCCCAACUCCCUCCCCAAACCCUCCUUCACAGGCUCCACAAGCAUCACCCCCUGCUGGCAAUUCAAUUUCUCCAUCUUCCUCCUCAUCCUUUCUUCGCCGUUCUUCUGACAGCCCACGCGGAAACCUCUUUGCGCAGCCUUUUGUUCUCAACACGGCCUCAUCAUCAACCCCACCUAACCCGGCGAUCCAAGAACUAUGCAAAAACACCGACUACCCUGAUCUUUGCAUCUUAUCCCUGACACCUUUCCAACCACCCAAGGUUGACCCCGUAUCCGCUCUUGGGAUGACAAUCAAGGCUUGCACCGCACACGCCCAGAUGUCUCUAGCCGCAGCCUCAAAACUUGUGACGAUGCCUAACACUGCACGUGGAACGAUUGCUGCGCUCAGUGAUUGCAAGGACUUGUACUCUGAUGCCUUGGACGGCCUUCAGAGCGCCAUUGAUGCAAUCCAGAGCCGCGACAUUGGCACGAUUAAUAGCAUGCUUAGCGGGGUGGUGACCGAUGCUGUGACGUGUGGGGAUGGGUUUGAAGGAGAGCAAUCUCCGCUGGGUGAUUACGAUGACAAACUUCGUAAAAUGGCCAGCAAUUGCCUUGCCAUUGCUUCCUUGAUUAAGUGAUGAUCAAUUGAUCAUGAUCUCUCUCUCUCUCUCUCUCUAUAUAUAUAUAUAUAUAUCUCUUCAGUUCCUUCCAAUUUGUUUUGUGCUGUUUCUUGUUGUACAAGAAAAACAUUACAUAGCUAGCAAAUUGAUAAGAGUAGAGAUGUAGGAGUAUAUAAAUUAAAGCUUACAUUUUUGUACCGUAGCAUGUAUUAUUUGUCUUUAUUUUUUGAGAAGCAUUACACCUAGCCUAUAGGAUUUACUUGUAUAUAUGCUAUUAUGCAAAUUCACUUUAAUCUGUAUCACAUUCGUUUGGGGGUAGGGAUUUGAAACUCGAAAGAAUGUGUUUGAAUAGGGGAUC